UCUGUAAUGGAGGGCUCGGAUGGCGAUGGCCAGGAUGCGCAAGCCUCUCGGAGGCGUGCUCGUGCUUAUGUGCCUCUGGAUUGCAAAAUUUACACAAGGGCAGCUCUCAGCGAUGCCAGAUCCGAAAAGGACAAGCUGCGAAAAGCGGCACGCGCAUGGAGCAGCGAGAAUGAGAUCUUGGUCGGUGCCUUUUCCACUCCCCGGGAGCAGGGGGACGCAUCCUUUGUUACCACAGCAUUUUGCAUGAGCUGCACGAACUGCCGCGAGGGAAAUGGGAAAACUUUUCGCUUUCAAGGCGCGUGGUUGGAGCAGGGUCAGAUGUACCGUCUCAGCAUCUGUACUUCUGGCGAGCACAAAGGAGAACCUGUUCGAAGGCGCGGCAAAAAGAAACCCGUGCAAGUCAUGCCUACAAAUGAGGAAAGACGCAAGGUGGUGGCUGCGGCUGAUGCAUUGCAGGAAAGGGGCCUCAAGGCCACAGCAAGUUCGGUCAGUGUUUUCUUGGGGGAAGAUCGCGUUGCAGCAGAAGCCACCCGUGCAAUCCUGAGACAUCGCCGCGGACGGCAGGGUGGAGCCACCAAGUUGUUCCAGGAGAGCCAGCCGGAGUUCCUUACUUGGUCGGAGCGCCGGUCCGACACCGUCAAAGAUGUGCUGAUGAAGCCCUUCAGCUACGUCAUUUUGAUCUUGGGUUUUUUUGAAGCAUUGGAGCAGCUUGGGGCUUCAAAGAUCUGCCUCGCAGCUGACUUUACGCAUUCCCUCGAGUUGAUGUCCUUUCGCUGGGGCGUCGUGUCCUUGGUCCUUUACAGAUGCCUUGGAGGGUCCUGGCGCAGGACCCCGUGGCCGCUGGCGUUUGUUUGCUAUGCUGUCGAAGCUUCCGCUGGGUACCUCAAAGUGUUCCAGGCCGUGCAGACAGAGCUGGCCCGUCGAGGUAUGGCGAAUGUUGUUUGCCAAGUCAAUUGUGACUACUUCACAGGCAGUCGUACCGCUUGCGAACGUGUCUGGCCGAGAGCGCAGGUCGUCAACGACCUCGAGCAUUUGCGAAGGAAUUUGCUUGGAAACGACCGUCGCGGGAAAAAGCAGGAAACGCGUGAUGGCGAGGAGCCAGCCCGCCCGCCUCCGCGGGCUCGGGGUGCGCGGGGCCGAGCCGUUGCUCCUGCCCGUCGGGCCGGGCGCUCUGGUGGACGUGGAGGUCGCGGCCGUGGAGGUCGCGGCCGUGGUCGCGGCAGGGGUCUCGGCGUCGCUCCCCACCUGAUCAAGUAUCCCGUCUGGGCUGUGCUCAACAACAUCACACACCUGGCGCUUUGCCCUACGAUCAUCAUGUUCCACAUCCUGGCGAAGACGCUUUUUUUGCGCAUGAAAUUUUGCUGGGGCGAGGAGAAGUUUAUGCAGUAUGUGCAGGAGCAGUAUUUCGUUCAGGAUUCAGGACUCCAAGAAGACUUGAUAUGGAGUGCUCGUUGGUGGGUGGGCGUGGGUUCCAAAGCCCAGACUGGUCAUCCUUGCACGCAGCAGGCUGCCGAAGCUGCGAAUUCAAAAAUCAAGACAGAUGUCAGGGGACAAGGCCCAGCUAAGACCCACAAGAUGGUGGCUGAGAACUUGCUCAAGGCGAGCGUGCUUUGGACGUCUGACAUCCACGAAGCAGAUCGUCUGGCGGGGUCACAGGCGCCCUUGUCUCUCAUGGCGCCGCCCGACUGUUUGACUGCCGAGCGACCCCGUCGGCCAGAUGAUUGGAUGCUUGAACCUCGAGGAGCGAGGCACCGAAGGCCUUUUGGCGACCUGGAGUAUUUUCCGCCGAUACCUCACCUUCUGCGGCGCAUACAAGCGCCAGGCUCGCAGUUUGUCGAGAUGGACGACGGUGAGGGUCGCAACACGCGCUGGGCUUGCCUUGCGGUCAACAAGCCACGUGUUGUGCCGAGAGGUACGCUGCAGAGGAUGCGGCGCCUUUUGCAAGCUCGCAAAGAGGCGCGGCUCUUGUCUGCACUAGAGGCGGAGGGUAUCCUCCAGGAUGCCGGCGAGUCUGCGCACCCGAGUGCACCGAAAAAGGUGAACUGGGAUCGGUACUCGGAGUUCUGGAGCACUUUUUGCUGCGUCUGGCACACUGAAGGCAAUGACUCCUGCCGCUGUACGUGCUGGAUGUGGACAUGGGAUGGCCAGUGCCCGCAUAGCUAUGCGCUAGAAGAACACUGGCAACUCCAUCACCACGUUCCGCCCGUGGUGCCAGAUGUAGUGCAAGCAGCUCGCGAUGUUCGGCACUCAGACGACGAAGGGCCGGCAAGGCAGCGGCGACGCCGCGGUUGA